CCUCAGCAGUCUGUAACAACAGCUACCACCAGCUGAAAAUAGAUGCAGACAUGAAGCAAGCCGAUAAGUUCAGUUUUUUCUGUCUCCUGGUGAUUGUUGGUACUUCUUUCAAGACUACAGAGGCAUUUUCUGUGAGAGCUGCUGUAAGUUUAUUCUACUUCAACAGUACCAGCAACAGCACUGUGUCCGAACACUGCGAAUGUGGGCUGUAUGGAAUAAAUUCUCCUCUACUUAGUGCUCAGGGGCUUGUGAGCAUCCCUAAGUCUGCUGAUCUUCAAGCUUGUGACGCAAAUACCCAGUUCACCAUCACAAAACCCCCAUGGAUUGCGCUGAUUGAAAGAGGCAAUUGCAGUUUUGCUGAAAAAAUUAAAGUGGCAGCCAGAAGGGGUGCAACAGCAGCUGUGAUCUACAACGCACCAGACAAAGGCAACCACACGGUCCUGAUGUCGCAUCUUGGUGCUGAAAGCAUUGUUGCAAUUAUGAUUGGCAACCUGAAAGGCAUGGAGCUCUUACACCGGAUUCAGAGUGGCAUGAAAGUGACCAUGGUCAUUGAAGUGGGGAAAAAGCAUGGCCCUUGGAUGAAUCAAUAUUCCAUCUUCUUCAUCUCAGUGUCAUUUUUCAUUGUCACAGCAGCAACAAUGGGCUACUUUAUUUUUUAUUCAGCUCGAAGACUCAGGAUCGCAAGGGCCCAGUCCAAGAAUCAGCGACGACUGAAGGCCAGAGCUAAGAAGGCUAUUGAACAGUUACAGCUGCGCACCUUGAAGCAAGGGGACAAGGAAACUGGUCCUGAUGGAGAUUGCUGUGUUGUGUGCAUCGAGCCAUACAAGCCAAAUGAAGUAGUGCGUAUUCUGACUUGCAACCAUCUCUUCCACAAGAACUGUAUUGACCCCUGGCUUCUGGAACACAGGACAUGCCCAAUGUGCAAAUGUGACAUACUCAAAGCUUUGGGCAUUGAGGCGGAUGUAGAAGUGACUGAGGCUGUGGAAGCCACAGUAUCCAGUGGGACACCAAGUGCCUCUACAGUUAAUGAAGAGGAUAAUCAUAGUGAAACUGCAUCAUCUGGAUAUGCUUCUGUACAAGGAGCAGAUGAAUCUGUUCUGGAGGAACAUGCACCAUCAGAAAAUGACAACAUGCAUCUUGUAAACAAUGAAUCCCAGCUCUCCACUGUGAAUGUCCUUCCACAUGUUGACAACCCAAGUUUUGAGGCAGAUGAAACACAAGUUCGUGAAGUCAGGUCCUAAGAACAUGCCCAACAACAUGGUGUGAGCCUUCUCCAGGGAGAUGCCUACUGCCAUCAUGUGUAUACCAAACAUUGCAAGACUGUAUUAGAGAAAUACUGCCUUGGCAAUGCUGAGAUCAAAUAGACUUGUUCAAAUCAUGAUUGUAUGGUUUGCCAUUCUUAAAACUGUCUCCCGUGUGGAAUUUAGUUUUAGUACUCUUCAGAUAGAGGUGUCUUAAAUAUAAACACCAGAUUUUAACACUAAAACAAAAGUUCCAUCUUCAGCGAAACAUCUCUUCAUUGUUUGAGUCAUUUAAAUAAGGAGAAGAUUCUUUAUCAUGGCUGUCUCUACUGGCAGUUGUUUUGACUUGGCUUUUUCGUUGUUUAUUAUUUUAAUUCAAGAGGAUUUUCAUUGUAAACAAACUAAUUUUGAUCUGGUCUAAUACUUAUUUACCAGAUACAGUUUGCUUUAAAGCAACACUGUAUUAAAUAUUUCAGUGCACUAAUUUGAUAGGAGAAAGUACAAACUAAUGUCUGUUGAACUGGAUUUUGCCCACAGUGUCUUUGGUUAUCUAGUAAACUAAUUGAUUCUCUUUAUCUCUCAGCUCCAACCCACAAUCCACUCAUUCCUAAAGGGAAAAGAGCUUCACGUUGACAGGCCAAAUUCUACUUGCACAAUACUGUAAAGGGAACAACUGCAGGAGCUUUUCAAACCUGUUGAUAUUCUGACAGUCUGAAACAUCCUCCAUGAUUUUUGGAGUUACAGCCAUCUCUAGCACGAGCAAUAUGCCAGAAUCCUGGCUUUGUGAGAGUCUGGGAUGACUUCAGGAAGACUGAACUAAAGAUGAAAAGAAAUACUUCCCAAAGGUUCUGCUGUGUUUUGUUCUGAAAAUGAUCCAGCCCUGAACAUGCUGGACUGUUACUACACAGUGUCUUGCCUGUGCGCUAAAGCCGCGGGGAGAGCUGACGUCCUGUAAAUGUAAUGGGUGACUGGAGAAGUUGUCUGCCAUCAGUGGGAAGUUGAACUACGGUCAAGGAGGAACACUGGAUGCCUCAAUAGUUAAGUGUAGGACCUUGCCCAGUAAAGGUAUCUAAGGACAUCUUACAGAUGCACUUUAUUUUUUUUAUCUCUGUAUCUAUGGCGUUAACAGAACUUUGUCUUAAAGCCUGCAAUAAAGUACUAUUGAAUCUGGAGGGGAAAAGCAAUGCAUUUUCUUAGCUAUAGUACAAUUAAAAUUGUUGUAACUAUUUCAUGAUUUGUAUUGAAUUUGAAUAUGCAAAUGUAAAUAAAACUAUAUUUUGAUGACACUGACUGACAUGAGAUGUUGAUUAUCAGCUAUUACGUGGAAACGGAGGCUGAAUUUGCUCUAUCCCACAAACCAUUCAGUUUUCUGCCAAAAAGCAGCAGUACUUGCUGAAACUAAUUGGAAUAAGGAGUGCUAAUUAUGUGCAAGGUGCUAGUGUUACAGGGAUUUACAUUGUGUUGGGAGUCUUAAGCCUCUACUUUACAUAAAAGAAAAACUAAGCAGCUUGGGGUGUGUUCAGUGAGCUGCUUGAUAUACCUCUGAACUGUCCUAGGCAUCUUCAGCAUGAGCCAGUCUUACAUGAACUCUUCAGAUCAGAUAGCUUAUAUCUCACUGUCCUCUGACAGGUUGCUCAGCAUCUCUCACUUGCUCAAGUGUUUCUGCUUGCUUUGUAACACAAAGCAUUCUAAAAACAAUUAAAUGCCCUUUGUUCUCUACAUUACUAGUAGAUGUAGUAAAAACUUGACACUCCCCUGGCCAGUUUGGUAGUAGUUAGUCUUGUGCUUAAUUUUUGCUCAGCUCCAAGUCUGGUCUAGGAAGCAGUGGUUGGUUAUGGGCUUGGAUUGCAAAGCGGAGUGUAACUGGACUUCACUCCGAAGCUGUAUUAUGCUGUGAAUGACUUUCUGUUCUAAAUCUGAAGUGCAGAGAAGGGAAAUGAACAGACACACAGAAAAUACUCAAC